ACAGGUUAAAACAAUUGCGCUCGUUUAAUUUUUUAUUUUUUUAUUUCAUCAUUUAAAUUUGAGUUUGGCAAUCUUCUUUUUUUUUUCCCUUUUUUUUUUAUCAUCAAUUUUCUAUAAGAAACCCCAUAUGGAUACUCCAGACGAAAAAGGGUUUUACACAUUUGAAUCCUCAUCUUCUAGUGAGCAAAUUGCUCAAAAGCCUAUUCAUUUGGAAAAACGGUUUAAUGCCAGUCUUCUUCAUGGAAAGCGGAACCUGAAUAAAAAGACAGCGGCAGCCAAUGUGGAGUCUAAACGAGAAGCUAUUCUGCAAGAACGAAGUGCCAGGUUAAAUCAAAACUUUCAAAAGGUGAAGAGAAUUGCCAAGGAAAUGAAGGACCGUCGUCAAGACAAGUUGCAUCUAUUAAGCAAGUCUAUGGCUUUGGCUGAAACAAAGAGAAACCAGCAUAUCGAGAACAGAAGAGCUGCCUCUAAACAAUCUGUCGAAAGAGCCAAAUAUAUUGUCCUACAAAAUCAAUAUCGCUCUCAACAAGAACAAGAGAGGCGCAGAGCUGAACUUGAAACUAGAUUUCAAAAGACAGAGCAAAGACGAUUGGCCCAUUUAAACAGAUAUCAACAGCAAAAAAAGAAAAAGAAUAUAGUUACCUCCUCUUCUUCUCCUUCUUCUCUCGUUUCACCAAUGUCAACCAUAACUAUUAACAACAAUGCCAAAAUUCUGGAUGAACCAGUCAAAGUAAAGAAACCUUCUUCGUGGUCCAUCAUCUUGAAGGCCUUUCGAGGUUUAGGUCUCCCAUUACCUUCCUCGUCUGACACCUGGCUCGAAUUUAAUGCAUUAGGAAAAUUACUUAACCAAGCCAAAGUCAUUGUCGUCACCACAAAGGUGUUGAACACCGCAUUAAAAAUGAAUGAUGAGGAUAGCAGACAACGUGCACGUGUUCUCUUGACCUCAUACAUGACUCUCAUGUGUCCUCGAGAAGUUUUACAAGACGUUGAAGGCACAGAAGAAAGGGUAUUACAUACUUCUGCAAAGCAAAUGUUGACCUUAUUUGAAAUCUGGCUCAAGGCCCAUGGUCGUCCUGGUGCUACAUCUGCAAGACUUGCAUUUGUCCAAGCUUGGAACGAAUACAAUGUCUUGUUUGAAUCUUGGAAAUCAAGAGACUGUACUCAGCUGACUUACAAUAUGAUUGGUUACUAUGUUGAGCUAUCCACAUUGCGUCAGACCAUGAUUGCUCAACAAAACGAUCCUUCAGUAGGCGACCAACUACAACAACAAUUGGACGAAAUUAAACUCAAGUUGGAAAAACUGGGUGGUCCUACUGCCCUAGCCAAUCUUCAACGCGCCCUCGAAUUGUCCAGUGCAUCCACUUCGACAGGAAGAAAGAAGCAGCAACAAAAGAACACACCUCGUUCUCCUGAAUUCGACACCGAGUUUGAAACCCAGCAAAAUGCAAAGAACCAGCACACGAAUGGCGAACAACUGGGUCACUUGUUGAAUGGCUAUGCACCUGAAUCUGGUUUGACGAAUGAGCAAUUAGCUCAUGAAUUGAUUAUGGAUCCUGAAUUUAAAUUGAAGAAGCACGAACCAGCUAAUGAUUUAGAAAAGAGAAUUAGAAUGAUGGCAGAAAAGGCAUUUUUUGACAAGGUUGCACAAGACAUGGAAGAAGGCCGUGCAGAGUUAUCUUUGCCUUCUUUGAUUGUUGACGUGAAAACUCGUUUAUUAGCACUUGUUCGACCUGGCACCUCCAUGUACAACAGUGUGGAUGAAGGUAUUGAUCUAUCCUUGAUUGAACAGCAAAUGAAGCAAUCCACUUUUGAUAUUCGUGGUAUGAUGGAUUAUGUGUUAGAUGUGAUGGCUAAUAUGUGUGCCCCUGUACGUGAUGAAGAGAUCAAGAAACUUCAGACCAGCACCAACCUGAUCGAACAAAUCCAGAGCGUCUUACACCUUUUAGAAGACAUGAGCCUAGAUUUAGCCAAUUUUCGUCUCCGGUCUCUUCGUCCUCAUCUCAUGUCUAUGGCGGUUGAAUACGAACGAGAGAAAUUUGCAGCCAUGUUGAGUAGCGGAAAGAUCCAAUUGGUUCGUACGCAAGCUUGGUUAAACGAAUCUGCAAGUAAAUUAUGUAGAGUGGCAGCACAACGUAACCCCGAAGGAGUUUUACCAGAAAAGAACAACAAGCCUACGCACGAUUCUAUUUUUGAAGAUGCAUAUGUCUCCUUACUAGUCCAACCACAUGAGCUCAACUUAUCCCGUAAUUUACCAGAGACCUUGGAUAUGGAUGCGAAUCGUAUGGCUGAUUUCCAAAAUGAGGUACAGGCAGUGACCAUUGUUGCCGCUUUACUUAUGUUGGCCAGAAAUUUUGGGUCUGCAAGUCCCCAGGCUUUGACAGAGUUGGGGACCAAACUGUUUACGAUGUUAAAGGACCCAACGACUGCUAUCGAUAAUCUCUCUACCGAAAUUGAGCAUGCUGUCAAUGUAAGGCCUGAACGAAGAGAGAUGGUGCGUACCAUGGUAGAUAAGACGGUGUCACAUUCAGAUACGGUCUACUCUUUACUCUCCCGUCGUGUGGCAACCGUUAUCAAAACAACGAUACAGAAUAACAAGUUUGUGACGGAUGCGGUUCUCUCAAGUAACGGGUUACAACAUGUUCGUAGCAAUCUUCAAUCUGUGGCACAUAAAAUACUACGCAUGACUCACCAUCAUCGAAAGGUCUAUGCGACUUAUUAUGAUGACAUUAUUACAAAUGCUUUAAAUGAACAUCUCGUGGUUUCACCCAGUACAAGCAGUACCUAAAUCAAAACUAUUUUUUUUUAUUAUGUAUACAUGAAUUAAAAAUAGAAAGAAACAAAAAUAUUGUUGUUAUGGGGGCGUAAAUUUUAAUCAACACUUUUGCUAACAAAAGGAGAGAGAGGGGGGUAGGGCAUUUCUGUUUUUAAGGCUCCGGGUGAGUGCAUUUAAAUCAUUUCAUUAUCCAUCAUCUUUUAAAGAAGCACAAACCAAAACAAACAAACAGACGAUUAUGUUUUUGUGUAGUAAACUCUUUGAAGAGCUUCGUACAAUAGUUUCGUGUGAAAAGCAUCAGAUUUAUAUGACACGAUGAUGACAAAAUGAAGCCAUUGUGCUACAAAACCCAUGAUUGUUUAAUAAUAAAAAAA